AUAUAACUUUAGUACGUGAUUAACUUUCAUAGAAGUUGGAGUUACAACGAUAAUGGUUCUUAUAUUUAAGCAAGCUUUUAUUUAAAUAACUCAGCAUUUUGCUUGCAAUGAGUUAAUUAUUGAAUAAUUAAUGAUUUUUUAAAGAACAAUAUAGUUUAUUUAAAUUCGAAUUCCUUACAAAAUGUAUAUAAAAGGAUUUUUUGGAAAAUAUCGUAUUUUUUUAGUUGCAAUAUGUGCCAAUAUGAUGGGUUUUUGCAUUGGGUCUUAUAUCGGAUGGACAUCUCCUGUAACCCCAAAGCUGAGAGAACAAACCCCUGAUAGUCCAUUAAAUUUUUCAAUAACUGCCACUCAAGAAGGCUGGAUUGGUUCUUUGAUCUCAAUUGGAGCGUUCAUAUCAUCCCUAUUUGUUGGAGAUGUGGCAAAUGCAAUCGGGAGAAAGUGGACCCUUCUCUUCUCUUCACUUUUCAUAAUAGUUUCGUACAUAUUUUUAAUACUUACAACUGAUGUCUGGUUUAUUUAUGUGGCACGCUUUUUACAGGGCUUAGGUGGAGCUGGUGGAGGAGCUGUGGUCCCAAUGUACAUUGGUGAAAUAGCCACCGAUGAUAACCGAGGAGCUUUGGGUUCACUUAUAACUAUUUUCGUACUUAGUGGAAUUCUUUAUACUUAUAUAAUAGGGCCGCAUGUGAGUUAUUUGGCUUUUCAAUAUUGCUGCAUAGCUAUUCCAAUUUUGUUCUUUGUGACAUUUUUAUUUAUGCCAGAAAGUCCAUAUUAUUAUGCGAUGAAAGGUGAUAAACCGAAUCUCAUAGAUUCGCUACAAAUUCUGCGAGGAAAAAGUGCCAACGAAGUGGAAGAUGAAGCUUCAACAAUUCAGAAAGAAGUCGAUGAUUGUAUGUCGAAUCAAAGUCGAAUUGUUGACAUUAUCCAUAACCAUUCCUACAGGAAGGCUCUUCUUAUUGUCUGUGGUCUGUUGUUCCUACAACAAAUGAGUGGUACCACUGCAGUGACAUUUAAUAGUCAAUCGAUUUUCAUCGAUGCCGGGACAAAUUUGGAUCCCGCUUUGGCGACCAUCCUUCUUGGUCUAGUUCAACUGAUGUCAAACCUUUUAACACCAUUUGUCAUCGAACGUGCUGGACGUAAGAAAAUGCUCCUCGUUUCAUCGAUAGGAAUGUCCAUAGCUUUGAUAGCCCUCGGCGUGUUCUUUUACAUUCAAGCAUUUGGAAAUGCAUCAAAAGUUAUGUGGCUUCCGAUACCGGCGCUAAUAAUGUUUAAUAUAUUUUUUGGAUUUGGUUUUGGGCCCAUACCUUGGGCGAUGUCUGGUGAAAUGAUCCCACCGAACAUCAAGUCAACAGCAACAGUUUUGGCAGGCACAAGUACGUGUGUGGCGCUUUUUGUAGUAACUCGGUGGUUUCCUGAACUAAAUGCAUUAGGUUCAUAUUAUGCAUUCUGGGUGUUUGGAUUAUUUUCUAUUUUAGGAUUUGUGUUUGUGUACUUUUUUGUCAUAGAAACAAAGGGCUUGAGCUUACAUAUGAUUCAAGAAAAAUUACAAAGCUCAUAAUAAAUUUAAGCUUAAAUUGAAUUCGUGUAAUAAAAAUAUCUAUUAAGUUACGUUUUACUCAGGAAAUUAUUAUUAAAUGCAAUAAUUAAGUUGAACUAACAACACCGUUUGCUUUUAAGAGACGUCUAAAGUUGUUUAACGAAUUAAGUUUAAUAUUUUAAUAACCAUUUGUCAUGCCAAGCCAAGAUUUAAAAUAAAGAUUACCAAAUAAGUUUUUAUCUGAAAUGACAUAAAACACGGAUGCAUUUAAUAAUAAUAAAUAAUUGUGUAAAUGAAUAAUAAUGAAAAAACCACAUUCAUGUAGAGUUUUAUAGCAUGUAAGGUGUAAGAAUAAAAAUAAUUAAGAUUUUAAAAACGCUGAAAA